AGUCAUUAUACCAGACCAGCACCAGCACCAGCACACGGCACACCAAAAGGAGCAGCCGCCGUGGACUUCGCUCUGUAGCAGCUCUCGCACGGAUCAAACCAAAUGGCGACGGCAAUCCACCAGCUCUCCUUCGCCGCGCCGAGCGCGGGCGCCAGGCGGCGGCUGACCCGGGCGUCCGCGUCCGCGACGGACCGGCACGAGGUGCUGUCGCCCAAGCGCCGGCUGCCGCUGCGGAAAGUGCCGGGCGAGCACGGCCCGCCGCUGCUGGGCGCGCUCAAGGACCGGCUGGAGUACUUCUACGGGCCCGGCGGGCGCGACGGCUUCUUCGCGGCGCGCGUCCGCGCGCACCGCUCCACGGUGGUGCGCCUCAACAUGCCCCCCGGCCCCUUCGUGGCCAAGGACCCCCGCGUGGUGGCGCUCCUCGACGCCGCCUCCUUCCCGGUCCUCUUCGACACCUCGCUCGUCGACAAGACCGACCUCUUCACCGGCACCUUCAUGCCCUCCACCCACCUCACCGGCGGCUACCGCGUGCUCUCCUACGUCGACCCCGCCGAGCCCAACCACGCGCCGCUCAAGUCGCUCCUCUUCCACCUCCUCACCCACCGCCGCCAGCACGUCAUCCCCACGUUCCGCGAGGUCUACGGCGGCCUCUUCGGCCGCAUGGAGAACGACCUCGCCCGCGUCGGCAAGGCCGACUUCGGCAACUACAACGACGACGCCGCCUUCGGCUUCCUCUGCCAGGCGCUCCUCGGCCGCGACCCCGUCGACUCGCCGCUCCGGGAGGAAGGGCCCAAGCUGAUCGCCAAGUGGCUGCUGUUCCAGAUCAGCCCGCUGCUCAGCCUCGGCCUGCCCACCCUCGUCGAGGACGGCCUCCUCCACAGCUUCCGCCUCCCGCCGGCGCUCAUCAAGAAGGACUACGGCCGCCUCGCCGACUUCUUCCGCGACGCCGGCAAGGCGGUGAUCGACGAGGGCGAGCGGCUGGGCAUCGCGCGGGAGGAGGCGGUGCACAACAUCCUCUUCGCCAUGUGCUUCAACUCCUUCGGCGGCAUCAAGAUCCUGUUCCCGUCGCUGGUGAAGUGGCUGGGCCGCGCCGGCGGCCGGGUGCACGGCCGCCUGGCGACGGAGGUGCGCGCCGCGGUGCGCGCCAACGGCGGGGAGGUGACGAUGCAGGCGCUGGCCGAGAUGCCGCUGGUGAAGUCGGCCGUGUACGAGGCGCUGCGGAUCGAGCCGCCGGUGGCGAUGCAGUACGGGCGCGCGAAGCGGGACAUGGUGGUGGAGAGCCACGACUACGGGUACGAGGUGCGGGAGGGGGAGCUGCUGUUCGGGUACCAGCCCAUGGCCACCAAGGACCCGCGCGUGUUCCCGCGCGCCGAGGACUACGUCCCCGACAGGUUCCUGGGCGAGGACGGCGAGCGGCUGCUCCGGUACGUGGUGUGGUCCAACGGGCCCGAGUCGGCGACGCCCACGCUGCAGGACAAGCAGUGCGCCGGCAAGGACUUCGUGGUGCUCAUCGCGCGCCUCCUCGUCGCCGAGCUCUUCCUCCGGUACGACUCCUUCGACGUCCAGGUCGGCUCCUCGCCGCUGGGGUCGUCGGUCACCAUCACCUCGCUCAAGAAGGCCACCUUCUGAGGCAUCGCCACGUGUACUUAGUUUUUCCUCUGCUUUUCUCGAUCGAUGCCAGUACUACACUAUGCAUGUGAUACACUUGCAUGGAGUGAUGAGGAUUUGUGUAACAAAAUUUUCUUUUCCUAGUAAAGAUGAGACCGGUUUUUCCCA